AUGGAGGAAGAAAAGCAAUGCAGUAAUUCUACUGUCGAUCAUCAUCUUCUAACGCAAGAAACCCACCCCAACAAUGGCGGCAGGGGAGCUGGUGAUACUGUCACUACUUACGGCGGCCAUGGAGGCAGCCGUGCUUUAUCCUUCUUCAAGUCCAUGUUCUUCAAUCAAAGCGCGAAUCAGAAAACAAGUUUCAGAAGAAGGAGAAUUAAGGGCAUGGAGGAACAAGUAGAAGAUGAAAUCAAGGGUAAUAUUGAUAUUAUCAAUAUAGAUUCUGCCGCCGGGAAGGGCGGAUUGAGUCUGCCCAUUCCUCAUCUCUCUCCUCUUGCUUACAAUGUCAUCUCUCGCUGUUCCAAGAUCAUUCAUGCGUCUGCUGAAGAUUUGUAUCAUAGUUUUGAUAAAGACCUGCCUGACAAGGUUAAACAACCUUCAACUUGUGCAAGGAACUUCAUUGAAUUUUGUUCAUAUCAAGCGAUUCGCUUGUCCAUCGCCGGUCCUGAUUAUUUGAGUGACAAAGAGUUCCGCCGCUUGAUGUUUGAUAUGAUGUUGGCAUGGGAGUCUUCAGGCGUCAACAGUGAUCAGCUAGUUACUGAAACUGCUUGUGAUAACAAUCCUGGGGAGGAUGAGGAUGGAUACUCAUUAUUUUAUUCAAGUUCCACCAACAUGGCUGUUCAGGUUGACGAUAAGAAUACAGUUGGUCAAGAGGCUUUCACUCGCAUUGCUCCUGCCUGUUUUAUAGUUGCGGACAUUAUAACAGUUCACAAUCUAUUUGAUGUUCUCACAAGAUCUUCAAGUCAUCGUCUUCAUUACCUUAUCUUCGACAAAUACCUUAGGAGUCUUGAAAAGGUCAUAAAGACUGUGAAUAAUGGAAUUGGUGCACAAUUUUUCUCUAGCAUUCCGCUUGUGGAGGGAGAAAUCAUAUUAGACGUAGACGGUACAGUACCCACACAACCAGUUCUGCAACAUAUUGGAAGAUCUGCAUGGCCUGGACGUUUAACGUUGACCAAUUAUGCCCUCUACUUUGAACCUGGCAUUGGUAUAUAUGAUAAAGCUGUGAGGUAUGAUCUGGCAACUGACACAAAGCAGGUUAUAAAACCUGAACUAACAGGACCUUUGGGUGCUCGCCUCUUUGAUAAAGCUGUGAUGUACAAGUCAACAUCCAUGUAUGUUCUCUGA